AUGUUGAUUGUUGCACCUCCUCCCUCACAGUUCUUGGCUCCGCGCUCAGACCCGAACAUCAUCUUGGCGGAAGUUCGGCGGCAGCUGUUCCACCAUCGAGGCGCGGGCAGGAAAAAUGUCAUCGAGUUUCAAGAGGCCUUCAAAGCUUGGGAUGGAGACGGAGACCACAUGCUGAGCCAUUUCGAGUUUGAAAGGGCGCUAUGCGGGAUCUUUCUCCCUGUCCAAGAGGUAAACGCACUCUUCCGACGGUUCGACCCAAGAGGGGAUGGCUUCGCCGAUGCUGAGGAAGCCCUCUCUGCGUUGCGCGUGCCUCUGAGCAAGCGUCGGCUUGCCGUUGUGGAUGCCGCGUUUUCGUCAAUAGCUGCUGCUGCUGCUGCUGCUGCUGCUACUGCUGCUGCAGCAGCGGCGGAUGUCACCACGCAGCGCGGCGAUGGCACAACCAGGGCGGUGUCGCUAGGGUUAGUGGAGGCUGUGGGCCGCAUGAAUGCGGACGGCCACCCGGAGGUGGCUGCCGGGAGAAUCGGUCCGCAGGAGGUGAAAGACGACUUCUGCGAGUUCUUCAUCGACCGAGCGGGUGAGAGAGGAAGCGGCGGGGCGGCCGCGGGUGCGCCGACGGUGUCGCUGGAAGGGUUCAGGGAAUACUAUCGAGACGUUGGCGUUUGCGAACCGUACGACACGGUCUUCAUCCCUAUGAUCGAGGCCCUGUGGGGAGUGCGAGAGCCACAUCCAGGGGACAUCAGGCGCAGCGAGCUAACGAAGCUCUUGCUGCCCAAACUCAAGCAGCACUCGCGUGGGGCCGAGACUGCCGGGGAGGUUUUGAGGAAGACCCUGAGGUACUACAGCGAAGACGACAAAGGAGAGCGCGGCGCCAAGCACAGCGGCGGCGGCGGCGGCGGCGGCGUCGUAGGUCCUUCGGGCGUGGAGAGGUCUCUCAACAGCUUCGGCUUGUACCCGGACAAGAGGGAAGUCCAAGAUAUUUUCGCCGCGUUGGGAUCGCCCAAAGGACAGCCGCAGGACGUGGACAAAGUCUUGGUUUAUCUUUGCCCCCCGGAGCCCGUGCUGGCGCCCAUGUUUUAGCUGGAGUACGGAUUAUUCGUUUCCGUGCCAGCGCGUGGUGUAAUUUAUUUAUCAUCUGCUGGGGUGAUAUGUUGAGCGUGCUCGUAGUGGUACGUGGUGAUUGCAUGUAUGUGCUCAUGAUAGAUGGGGUCGUGCGUACUGUAGUGCGUGUGCACUGCAUACUCCUGUUUGUCGGUGGCGUGGUGAUCCGCUGGUUUUGUCUUUGUUCUACUACACUGCCGCCACUUUGUCCUGUUUGCUCC